AUGGAAUCGCGACAGGCGGACGGCGCGACGGAUCCGGUGGAUAUAUUCAAGUUCUUGAAGAGCAGGGAAAUCGGGGUGACCCUUGCUUUAUUGUACGAAGCCUAUUCUUUAGCUCUAGAGACGAAGGGGAGUAAGAAACAGGCCAGUCUUGUAUAUGAAGAGGGCAUACAGAAUAAUGCACAGCCUCUGGAACGACUGAAGCGACGCCACCGAGAAUAUCAGAUGCGAUUGACAGAGGAUCUCAAAGCCAAUAUGGAAGCGAUGAGCUUCGGAGCCUUGGCGGAUAGCAACGAUGGUCGUAAGACACUUGGUCGCCUGGCUCGCACUCGCAACGGAUUGCUGCCAGUACAUCAUUCGCGCGACGGCCACCAGCAGCAGAGCACACGACCUUCCACUAAGCGACGAGCAAGUAACACUGGAGGUGUUUCGGUGUUUGUGGAUGACGAUGAAGAAAACCAACCGCCCAGUCAAGAAACAGCGGCGAAGGUUUGGAGCCACGUGCCGUCAGGUGCAUCAGUGCGCAAAGAGAACACACUAACUGCUGGGCGGUGGACUGGAGGUGGAAGGAGCGAGGACGCCCCGGUUUCUGUUGGAUACCACCCCCUCGAAUUCCCUGUCUUUCACGAUGAGAGCAAUGAAGACAGUGCGGAUCGCCACUCUUUGCCCGCUCGGAUGCUGGAUCACACCGGUCCCAGCCUGCAGGAGUCGAGAAAGCGAGGAGAAGAGCUCAUGCAAAACCCGUUGCAGAAUUUUCGCAAGCCUGCGAAAAACUUUGAUGGUUCAGGGGCAUGGGACCAGCUUGACAGGCUACCAUUGGUUGAUGCGAACGGCGGCGAGGUAAGUAUCGAGGAAGUGCGUGCACAAAGCUCGGCAUACAAGUACACGGACAGCGGUGCCAAUCCCUCAGCGAACAUUAAGGGUGGGGAACCGAAUGUAGAUAUGGAAAUUGACACGGAUGUGACAUCUCAAAAACGACCGCAAGAUGACACUCAUACUCAGCCCAUCCCACGCAAAAUACUUGACUUCACAACGCCAGCACUAAACCAGCUCAAAACACCGCUGUGUGUGUCAAAUAGUAUCAACGCCGGCAGAGGAAUAUUAUUUUCAUCGUCAGUAUCCGAUAGGCAUGUCGAUAGCUCAGCAGACCUUGCCCACAGUAGGCCCACGAAUAGGGAUGCAAUAACGUCUCAGAAACGUCUAAAAAUAGAUGCUGAUUCUCAAAGGCCUAGUAUGUCAGCUGCCUCAAGCUCGGGACAGCCAGUGCCAAAACCUCGACCGACGGUUAAAGGUGUUUCAAGUUUGCAAACCCCCCCUAAUGCCGAUACAGAUAAAUCUAACCCUAGCAUAUCCGUACCAGCCUCUAAAGAAAACGUACCAAGCACCAGUGUAGAUGCAUCUCCUUCCAGCACAACCGUACACGCCACCAGUGAAACCGUACCCACCUCCACUGCAAACGUACUCGUCAAGCAAUCUGGAGAACCUGUAUCCAAGUCGGGUUCGCCCGCAUCCGAACCCGACAUACCAUCACUGACCGUAGGAACGGUUCCAGCUAUACCCAACGAACCCUCAACUACCGCACGACAGGACCAUACAGCUAGCAAUACAGAAGCGACCAGCAAUGCGAGUCCCUUAUUAAGCACAAGCGAGAGUAGUGCAGCGGUGACUGAUAGCAGGCCUGUGAAGGAAGUGGGUGGUAUCCACUCGGCACAAUCUGCGAGCAGUAUCUUUGUGGAUGAGCCUUCCAUGAGCGAUGUGAACGAGGUGGAUACGAAGAGUGUUUCCACUCGCGAGUCCGGUCCGAACGCUUUGGGCUUUGACAUGUUCAUGGAUGAUACUGAGAAGCUGGAUGACGUUGUUGCGGGGGCUGCACACUCUGUAGAGGCCGAUGCAAGGUCUAGCCCCACACCUGCACUCGCACCGUCAGGUAUAAACACUUCUUCGAACGCGCACGGCAAGAUAUCCGAUGAUCUUUAUAAGAAGGAAGCAGCACCACUGGUAGUUGUCACGAGCCUUACGAACGGUAACUCUCUCCCCGGCGGUGACCAUCAAGAAACACAGCGUGAUGAGUCAGUGCACACAGCGAGCGCAUCACAUCCACUAACGGGGACAAGUAACGAAAACGCAUCUGCUGGUGAUGAAGAGCUGAAGGGUGAGCAAGGUGUGGUUAUUAAGCGAGAGGUCAACGCUGCUAAUGUGUAUGAGGCUACGAGAGAGGGUGGCGGUGAUAGCCCACAUGUGGGGUCUGUGGAUGCGGGUGGUGUCGGUGAUUUCCGCGUGCCGUUUGAGUCUGGACAUGUCGACGGUGACCAGGAGCACCGUGAAAAUGCCCGGCCCAAUUUGGAUUCCUAUCGCAUAGGCGACAGUGACGAAGAGACUAACGACGUUGCGAACAAGGAGAAGCACCCGCCCAUCUCGCCCACUAUCACUACCAAACUGGCCACUGCGGAUCUUUUCGACAUUUUCCGUUCGCGACCGCUACCCGGGGACGAAGAUGGGGACACCCUGCACUCAAUGCCUUUCCUAGGUGGUGCUGAUCGCCCGGUUUCCGCCAGCGGAGUGUCUCCGACCCACAAUCGCGACUUCAACCACCCCAUGUUUGGCGCAGACAAGACCGCCUCAUGCAGCACCUCCACAGCCGAACCAUUCCAGAUAUUCCAGGACCCCACCAUGACGGGCACUAUCCUACCACUCCCACCUCCAGCGAAAACUGCAUACGAUUCGCAGGAGAGUGAAGAAUUGUCCAACGCAGUGCUAGCAGAGAGUAAGUCAAUCUUCCAGGACCCAGAAAACAACGAGAAUGACCCCAACGUAUUCGAUGGUGCCAGGAAAAACCCAACAGACCGGGUGUCUCACUUAGUAAUGCGGACCGAAGGCGAACGCAAACCAAUCACUCCGCUUGAGGUUGUACCUGACGAAGUACAAGAUAUCGAUGAGGAUCAGAAAGGACAGGGGGACAUGCUAGGCCAGUCAGAGGGUCGUGUGACUAACGCGGAUGUACUGCGAGAAGGUGGUAUGAUGCCUCUGGACUCCAGCUUCAGCCGAUCGCCUGGGAUUAAAUCCACAAGCGGCGACGUAUUGGCAGACGGGUAG